UCAAGAAGCCACUCCGCUAUUCUAGACAGCACAGGGCGCCCAGGCGCGCCUCUGAAGCGAAGCGCUACUUAGCGCUUCUCCGGUGGGCUCGCUGGACAUUAUGCGGCCAAGCAGCAGCCAAGCCCCAGUCCUCCUCCUCCUUCUCCCGCUCCUCCUGCGACCCGAGCAGCUCAGCUCUCGGCAGGCGGCAGCGUUGCUCAGCCAAGCGCACACGGGACCCUCGCGGCGAGACCUCAGCGACUCCUAAAGUCAAAAGUUGGCGGCAGACGCCGGGUUCCGCGCGCUCUCCGCGGCCACUGCCUCACGUAGCCGCUGCAGCAGCCAAGGCGGGCAGGAGGGAGGGAGGGGGAGUGGGGGCGGCGGGGGAGGGGUGGGAGCACCAUGCAGUUUGUAUCCUGGGCCACACUGCUAACGUUCCUGGUGAGGGACCUGGCCGAGAUGGGGAGCCCCAACGCCGCGGCCGCUGUGCGCAAGGACAGGCUGCAUCCGAGGCAAGCGAAACUGUUGGAGACCCUGAGCGAAUACGAAAUCGCGUCUCCCAUCCGAGUGAAUGCCCUCGGAGAACCCUUUCCCACGAACAUGCACUUCAAAAGGCGGCGAAGGAGCCUUAACUCUGCGUCUGUUCCCUGGCCUGCCUUCGCCUCCUCCUCUACCUCCUCUCGGGCGCAUUACCGCCUGUCCGCCUUUGGCCAGCAGUUUCUAUUUAAUCUCACCGCACAUGCCGGAUUUAUCGCUCCACUGUUCACUGUCACCCUCCUCGGGCCGCCCGGGGUGAACCAGACUCAGUUUUACACCGAAGACGAAACGGAACUCAAGCACUGUUUCUACAAAGGCCAUGUCAACACCAAGUCCGAGCACACGGCCGUCAUUAGUCUUUGCUCCGGAAUGCUGGGGACAUUCCGGUCCCACGAUGGGGAUUAUUUUAUUGAACCACUACUGUCCAUCAAUGAACAGGAGGAUGAAGAGGAACAAAACAAGCCUCACAUCGUUUAUAGGCGGAGCACUCCCCAGAGAGAGGCCACGUCUGGAAAGCAUGCAUGUGACACCCCAGAAUACAGUAGCAGUCACAGAAGAGGCAGGAGGAAAAUCAGAAGCAGAAAAUGGGGAGGAAAAACUAACCUGGCUGACGAUGUGGAUAUAUUGAGCAGCAGCUUGGCACCCAAAGCAUUUUCUGCCCACGAUAAUAGGACAGAAAGCAGCCAAGAAAAGAGAACCCACAGACGGACAAAGCGUUUCUUAUCCUACCCACGGUUUGUAGAAGUGAUGGUGGUGGCAGACAACAGAAUGGUUUUAUAUCAUGGAGCAAAUCUGCAACACUAUGUUUUAACCUUAAUGUCAAUUGUAGCCUCUAUCUAUAAAGACCCAAGUAUUGGAAAUUUAAUUAAUAUUGUUAUUGUGAACUUAGUUGUGAUUCAUAAUGAACAGGAAGGACCUUCUAUAUCUUUCAAUGCCCAGACAACACUAAAAAACUUUUGCCAGUGGCAGCAUUCAAAGAACUAUCCAGGUGGAAUCCAACAUGAUACUGCUGUCCUCAUCACGAGACAGGAUAUCUGCAGAGCGCAUGACAAAUGUGAUACCUUAGGUCUUGCUGAACUGGGAACCAUUUGCGAUCCCUAUAGAAGCUGUUCCAUUAGUGAAGACAGUGGAUUGAGUACAGCUUUUACAAUAGCCCAUGAGCUAGGCCACGUGUUCAACAUGCCUCAUGAUGACAACAAUAAAUGUAAAGAAGAAGGUAUAAAGAGCCCCCAGCAUGUCAUGGCACCAACCUUGAACUUCUACACCAAUCCUUGGAUGUGGUCAAAGUGUAGUCGGAAAUACAUCACGGAGUUUUUAGACACUGGUUAUGGUGAGUGUUUACUUAAUGAACCUGAAUCCAGACCUUACCCACUGCCUCCCCAGCUGCCAGGCCUCCUUUACAACGUGAAUAAGCAGUGUGAAUUGAUUUUUGGACCAGGUUCUCAGGUGUGCCCAUAUAUGAUGCAGUGUAGACGACUGUGGUGCAAUAAUGUGGAUGGAGCUCACAAAGGUUGCCGUACUCAGCAUACGCCCUGGGCCGACGGGACAGAGUGUGAGCCCGGAAAGCACUGCAAGUUUGGAUUUUGUGUUCCCAAAGAAAUGGAGGGCCCCGCGACUGAUGGAUCCUGGGGAAGCUGGAGUCACUUUGGAACCUGCUCCAGGACUUGUGGAGGGGGCAUCAAAACCGCCAUUCGGGAGUGCAACCGACCGGAGCCAAAAAAUGGUGGAAAAUACUGUGUUGGACGUAGAAUGAAAUUUAAGUCAUGCAACGCAGAACCAUGUCCCAAGCAGAAACAAGGCUUCCGGGAUGAGCAGUGUGCUCACUUUGAUGGGAAGCACUUUAACAUCAAUGGUCUGCUCCCCAAUGUGCGCUGGGUCCCUAAGUACAGUGGAAUUUUGAUGAAAGACAGGUGCAAACUGUUCUGCAGAGUGGCUGGCAACACUGCCUACUAUCAGCUCCGAGACAGAGUGGUAGAUGGAACUCCAUGUGGCCAGGACACGAAUGACAUCUGUGUCCAAGGUCUUUGCCGGCAAGCUGGAUGUGAUCAUGUUUUAAACUCAAAAGCCCGGAGAGAUAAAUGCGGGGUUUGUGGUGGCGAUAAUUCUUCAUGCAAAACAGUGGCAGGAACAUUUAAUACAGUACAUUAUGGUUACAAUAUUGUGGUCCGAAUUCCGGCUGGUGCUACAAACAUCGACGUGCGGCAGCACAGUUUCUCAGGGAAGUCGGAGGAUGACAACUACUUGGCUUUAGCAAGCAGUCAAGGUGAUUUCUUAAUAAAUGGAGACUUUGUUGUUGCAAUGUCCAAACGGGAAAUCCGCAUUGGGAAUACUAUGAUCGAGUACAGUGGAUCCGACAAUGUCGUGGAAAGAAUUAACUCCACAGAUCGCAUUGAACAAGAACUUUUGCUUCAGGUUUUGUCAGUGGGGAAGUUAUACAACCCUGACGUGCGCUAUUCUUUCAAUAUUCCAAUUGAUGAUAAGCCUCAGCAGUUUUACUGGAACAGUCAUGGACCAUGGCAGCCGUGCAGCAGACCCUGCCAAGGGGAGCGGAAGCGCAAGCCUGUGUGCACGAGGGAAUCUGAUCAGCUUCCCGUUUCUGAUCAGAGAUGCGAUCGGCUGCCCCAGCCGGGACCCGUUACUGAAGCCUGUGGCACAGACUGUGACCUGAGGUGGCACGUUGGGAGCAGGAGUGAGUGUAGUGCCCAGUGUGGCUUGGGUUAUCGCACCUUAGACAUCUACUGUGCCAAAUACAGCAGGCUGGAUGGGAAGACCGAGAAGGUUGAUGACAGUUUUUGCAGCAGUCACCCCAAACCAAGCAACCGGGAAAAAUGCUCAGGAGAAUGUAACACGGGUGGAUGGCGCUAUUCAGCUUGGACUGAUUGUUCUAAAAGCUGUGAUGGUGGAAUUCAGAGGAGAAGGGCUAUCUGUGUCAAUACGCGAAAUGAUGUGCUGGAGGACAGCAAAUGCAUGCAUCAGGAGAAAGUCACCGUUCAGAGGUGCAAUGAGUUCUCUUGUCCGCAGUGGAAAUCAGGAGAAUGGUCAGAGUGCUUGGUCACCUGUGGAAAAGGACAUAAGCACCGCCAAGUCUGGUGUCAGUUUGGCGAAGAUCGAUUAAACGAUAGAAGCUGUGACCCUGAGGCCAAGCCAGCCUCCACACAGACUUGUCAGCAGCCGGAAUGUGCGUCCUGGCAGGCGGGACCCUGGGGACAGUGCAGCGUCACCUGUGGACAGGGAUACCAGCUCAGGGCAGUGAAGUGCGUCAUUGGGACUUACAUGUCAGUAGUGGAUGACAAUGACUGCAGUGCAGCAGCAAGACCAACGGAUAGCCAGGACUGUGAAUUACCAUCUUGUCACCCUCCUCCAGCUGCCCCAGAACCAAGGAGAAGCACACACGGUGUGCCAAGAACUCAGUGGCGAUUUGGGUCUUGGACUCCAUGCUCAGCUACUUGUGGAAAAGGGACCCGAAUGAGAUAUGUCAGCUGCCGAGAUGAGGAUGGCUCUGUGGCUGAUGAGAGUGCCUGUGCUACCCUGCCCAGACCAGUGGCCAAGGAGGAAUGUUCUGUGACACCCUGUGGGCAGUGGAAGGCUUUGGACUGGAGUGCUUGUUCUGUGACUUGCGGGCAAGGUAGGACAACCCGGCAAGUGGUGUGUGUCAACUACAGUGACCAGGUGAUCGAUCAGAGCGAGUGUGACCAAGAUUACAUCCCAGAAACCGACCAAGACUGUUCCAUGUCGCCAUGCCCGCAACGGACCCCAGACAUGAGCUUAGCCCAGCAUCCUUUCCAAAAUGAGAACUAUCGUCCCAGGAGCCCGGGCCCCAGCCGCACCCACGUGCUCGGUGGACACCAGUGGAGAACUGGCCCCUGGGGAGCAUGUUCCAGUACCUGUGCUGGUGGAUCGCAGCGGCGUGUUGUUGUAUGUCAGGAUGAAAACGGAUAUCCAGCCACUGACUGCGUGGAGAGAAUCAAACCUGAUGAGCAAAGAGCCUGUGAAUCCGGACCUUGUCCUCACUGGGCUUACGGCAGCUGGGGAGAGUGUACUAAGCUGUGUGGCGGAGGCACGCGAACAAGACUGGUGGUCUGUCAGCGGUCCAAUGGUGAACGCUUUCCAGACUUGAGCUGUGAAAUCCUUGAUAAGCCUCCUGACCGUGAGCAGUGUAACACACAUGCUUGUCUGCAAGACGCUGCAUGGAGUACUGGCCCUUGGAGCUCGUGUUCUGUCUCUUGUGGUCGGGGGCAUAAACAACGAAAUGUUUACUGCUUGGCAAAAGAUGGAAGCCAUUUAGAAAGUGAUUACUGUAAACACCUGGCUAAGCCACAAGGGCACAGAAAGUGCCGAGGAGGACGAUGCCCCAAGUGGAAGGCUGGCGCCUGGAGUCAGUGCUCCGAGUCCUGCGGCCAAGGCAUGCAGCAGAGGCGUGUGAGCUGUCAGAUUGGAACACACAAAACAGCCAGAGAGACUGAGUGCAACCCGCACACGAGACCGGCGUCAGAGCGUGCCUGCCAAGGAUCGCCAUGUCCACUCUACACUUGGAGGGCAGAGCAGUGGCAAGAAUGUACCAAGACCUGCGGUGAAGGCUCCCGGUACCGGAAGGUGGUGUGUGUGGAUGACGGCAAAGGCGAGGUUCACAGUGCGCACUGCGACCCAGGCAGGCGGCCUGCUGACCGGGAGAGCUGCAGCUUGCCACCCUGCGAGUACGUCUGGAUCACCGGAGAGUGGUCAGAGUGCUCAGUGACCUGUGGAAAGGGCUACAAACAAAGGCUGGUGUCAUGCAGCGAGAUUUACACGGGCAAGGAGAAUUACGAGUACAGCUACCAGACGGCCGUCAACUGCCCGGGCACGCAGCCUCCCAGCGUCCAGCCCUGCUACCUGAGGGAGUGUCCCGUCUCAGCUUCCUGGAGAGUGGGCAGCUGGGCCAGCUGCUCUGUGUCUUGCGGAGUGGGAGUGAUGCAGAGAUCUGUGCAGUGUUUGACCAACGAGGACCAACCCAGCCACUUGUGCCCCACUGAUCAGAAGCCAGAAGAACGCAAAACUUGCCACAAUACCUAUAACUGUGAGCUUCCGCAGGACUGCAAGGAGGUGAAAAGGCUCCAAGGAGCCAGUGAGGAUGGGGAGUAUUUCCUCAUUAUUCAAGGGAAGCCCCUCAAGAUCUUCUGUGCAGGGAUGCUGUCGGACCACCCCAAGGAAUACGUGACGCUGGUUCAAGGUGACUCUGAGAAUUUCUCUGAGGUUUAUGGGCAUAGGUUGCACAAUCCGACAGAAUGUCCCUACAAUGGGAGCCGACGUGAUGACUGCCAGUGUCGGAAGGACUACACAGCAGCAGGGUUUUCCAGCUUCCAGAAAAUCCGAAUUGACCUGACCACUAUGCACAUCAUAACCACGGACUUGCAGUUUGCCAGGACAAGCGAAGGACAUCCUGUCCCUUUUGCCACGGCUGGGGACUGUUAUAGCGCUGCCAAGUGCCCACAGGGUCGCUUUAGCAUCAACCUCUACGGGACUGGCCUGUCGUUAACUGAAUCAGCCAGGUGGAUUUCCCAAGGGAACUACGCCGUCUCGGACAUUAAGAAGUCCCCGGAUGGUACCCGAGUCAUAGGGAAAUGUGGUGGUUACUGUGGAAAAUGCACUCCGUCCUCUGGUACUGGCCUGGAGGUGCGAGUUCUAUAGCUAAGGUGCUCAUCAGAGGAAGCCAUUAUGGGAUGGAUGAAGGAUCGUAAUGCAAUACCUCCACCUUACAUGUGGGUGCCUGUGUGUGAGAGUUCUUGUACACGUGUGUGUGAGUGUGUGUGUAUGUGUACAUAUGCAUAUAUAUAUAUAAAAAUAUAAAUAUAGACAGGUUGAGCAUCCGUAAAUCCAAAGUGUUCCCAGUUUGGCAACUUUCUGAGCAACCCACAUGAUGCCACAAAUGGAAAAUUCCACACUAUGAGCUUUUCGUUGCAGAAAUAAAGCCUACAAAAAGAGCGUAGAAAACCACCAUCCAGUACCCGCCCAACAUGAACGAGCUUUGUGUCUGACCUGAGUCAGCCAGCUAUCUCAUUAGCUAUGCAUG